AUGCAACUUUGUCGUCUCAUGUUCAACAAGCCCGGAAGUAAACACCAUAGUGCCGUGACUUUGUCGCUGUUCGAGUACGACGAAAACCGCCUUGCUCCAUGCCGAACGCUUGCUGAACAGCUGAUGGAGAGCGAACCUUUUCAAUGGCUCCUUGCCGACGCACCUUUCGUGUUCAAUCAAGAGUGGCGGAUAAUUUCUUUUUCUAGGGUUAUUGAUUUCGCCGCCGGUGUAAUCGCCCAAGUAGAGGCUGCAUACGGGGGCCAUACCGUGUUUUACCGUCUCCCUGAGCUGGAGGCUGCGUACAGCCAAAACAGGUGCGACGUCAUGGGCCAUAUGAAACUGCACGAAUUUAACUGCGGACCCGACGAGGAGACCAACUUUGAGGGACGACGCCUCGUGCUUAUUGUUCGCCCGGCAAUCGCUACUAUGCUUUCGCCGAUGCGUAAAUGGUUUGGCCAUGAUAAUAAAACCCUCGAAUUCAUUGGUCCCGCAAUGGUUCUGGCCGGGCGUGAAGUACCGGUCAGUGAAAGGGACAUCAAGAAAGACGAUGGGAAUAGUGAGGCCGGUGAAAGCAACGUCUCGGGCCCCAAGGCAGAGGGCAAGAAGCGUAAAUAG